AUGGGUGUCCACAACGUUUCCAGCAAGGCUGAGUUCACCGAGAAGACCGGCCAGGGCGUCGCCGUUGUCGACUUCUUCGCCACCUGGUGCGGCCCUUGCAAGGCCAUCGCUCCCAAGGUCGAGGAGUUCAGCGAGAAGUACCCCAACGCCACCUUCUACAAGGUCGACGUUGACCAGCUGUCCGACGUCGCUGCCGACAUUGGUGUCCGUGCCAUGCCUACCUUCCACGUCUACAAGAACGGCCAACUCGUCGCUGAGGUUGUCGGUGCCAACCCUCCCGCUCUCGAGGCUGCCAUCAAGGAGCACUCCGCAUAA